GUAUCGAGCUAUUCAGUGGCACCUGGCCUCUGCUGGCCUCCUGGCAGUUUGGCUUGCUCGAUGCUCGCCCGUGUAUCGCCUUGACGAGCCUCUCUAUCAGCAGUGUCUGUGCCCGCGAUUCCUCUUCCUCGUCCUCUGGUCCUCACUCUCGUCCUCUCUCUCUCUGUCUCUCUCUUUCUCAUCUCCAUCCACUCGGAGUGCUUGUGUCACCUCGUUACAUGUAGCCCUACAUGAGUUACAUAUUUCGUCGGCCUGGUGCCCAGUAACUGCUUACAGCAACUUUAAACGAUAAGCCCGCGCGUGACACGCACGGGUCCGAGAUGAAUUCGCGAGUGCUGCUGUACGGCCGGUAAUCACACAUUGGCCUGUGCAGCGACACACUAAAAUGAGAUAUUCCACUCGAAAGAAAAGUUCUUAACGAGGCAGAGCUUGAGUGAACCAUUGGCUUCCUAAUUGCAGAGACAGCUCUCCAAGAGCAACUGAAUAAAAUAAUAAUAACAAUAUUAUUAUUAAUAAUAACAACAACUGGAAAAACAAUAUGACAAAGAGGUUUGAGUUUAAUUGGCAGAUCGAGGUACCGGAGGCUCUGCGCAAUGGAUGUGUGUUUGAUCGGUGGACUGAGGAGAAGGACAAUACCGAGAUCGAGCUUAAUUGUCUCUUCAAGGUUGAUGAGUAUGGGUUUUUCAUUUACUGGCAAAGCGAGGGCAAGGACGGCGACGUCAUCGAGCUGUGUCAAGUGAGCGACAUACGGGCUGGAGGUGUACCCAAGGAUCCGAAGCUGUACGAUAAGUUGGUAGGCAAGCACGGCGAACAACUUGAUGAUAAAAGUCUUGCCAUAUGUUCCGGAGCCGAUUACACAAAUAUUAAUUACCAACAUGUUGUCUGUCCUGAUGUUAACACUGCUAAGAUAUGGUUAGCUGGAAUAAGACGUAUCACUCACAAUGUCAAAGCCAAUAACGUAUGUCCGCUGACUUGUUUAAAAAAACAUUGGAUGAGACUGAGAAUGCUGGUUGAUCCCAAUGGAAAAGUUCCUGUGAAGGUUGUUGCAAGAACUUUUGCCUCUGGAAAGACUGAGAAGUUGGUCUAUCAGUGUCUGUCUGACUUGGGUUUGCCGAGUGGCAAGAACGACGUCAUAGAGCCAGACGACUUUACAUUCGAUGCAUUUUACGCCCUCUACCAUAAAAUCUGCCCGCGUAAUGACAUCGAGGAACUUUUUCAAUCCAUAACCCAAGGCAAAGCAGAUACAAUUAAUUUGGAACAAUUGAUAACUUUUCUGAAUGAGAAACAACGUGACCCAACUUUAAAUGAAAUUCUCUAUCCCCUUUAUGACGAAAAGCGGGCUUUUGAAAUAAUUAAUGAUUACGAGCAGAAUGAAAGCUAUAGAAAUCAAAAGACAAUGACUAAGGACGGAUUUAUCAGGUAUUUAAUGUCCGAUGAGAACGCUCCAGUUUUUCUCGACAGAUUGGACGUCUAUAUGGAUAUGGAUCAGCCCCUAGCCCAUUAUUACAUCAAUUCCAGUCAUAACACUUAUCUGAGCGGCAGACAGUUCGGCGGAAAAUCUAGCGUUGAAAUGUAUCGGCAGGUUCUGCUCGCCGGUUGCAGGUGCGUCGAAUUGGAUUGUUGGGACGGGAAAGGUGAAGACGAAGAACCGAUAAUAACUCAUGGGAAAGCAAUGUGCACGGCGAUCCUCUUCAAAGAGGUCAUUUACGCAGUCCGGGACACGGCAUUUGUCACGUCUGAGUACCCGGUGAUACUGAGCUUUGAAAAUCACUGCAGCAAAGCUCAACAGUACAAAUUAGCUAAAUACUGUGAUGAAAUAUUAGGCGACUUGUUGCUAAAAGAACCACUAAAAGACUAUCCGUUGGAACCGGGUGUGCCGCUCCCACCACCGAGUCUUCUCAAGCGUAAGAUUCUCAUCAAGAAUAAGCGACUGAAACCGGAGGUUGAGAAACAAGAAUUAGAGCUCUUCAAACAAGGUCAAUUUAUUAUCGAGGAUGAGAUCAAAGAGGAUGCUAGUGCACCGGCUGUUGUGGCUGGAGUUGUUGAACAACAAUCGGUAGACUCUGCAGUUGUAGAUGUUGUUGCCGUUCAGCAAAACUCAUCAAAUUCUGGCGUGGGUCCAAGUGGUUUGGGUGACAGCAUCGAGUUGGCUGUCGUGCAACCCUACACCGGCAGUACGACCAACGUCCAUCCCUGGCUAUCUUCCAUGGUAAACUAUGCACAACCCAUAAAAUUUCAAGGUUUCGACGAGGCCGAACAAAAAAGUAUUCACUACCACAUGUCUUCCUUCGCCGAAAACACUGGCCUCAAUCAUCUAAAGACUUCGGCAAUUGAAUUCGUCAAUUACAACAAACGGCAAAUGAGCAGAAUCUAUCCGAAAGGUACCAGAGCUGAUUCAUCGAACUACAUGCCUCAGGUCUUCUGGAAUGCCGGGUGCCAAAUGGUCUCGUUGAAUUUUCAAACGGCCGACCUCCCAAUGCAAUUGAACCAAGGGAAAUUCGAAUAUAACGGAUCGUCAGGCUACUUGUUAAAGCCCGACUUUAUGAGACGCGCAGAUCGAAGCUUCGACCCGUUUGCUGAGAGUCCAGUUGAUGGGGUUAUCGCAACUUCGUGCAGCGUCCAGGUUAUUGCCGGGCAAUUUCUGUCUGACAAAAAAGUUGGCACUUACGUGGAAGUGGAGAUGUACGGGCUGCCAACAGACACCAUCCGGAAGGAAUUCCGUACCCGAGUUGUUCCCGCAAACGGUCUAAAUCCGGUCUACAAUGAGGAGCCUUUUCUCUUCAGGAAGGUCGUGCUGCCCGAUCUGGCAGCUCUCAGGUUCGCGGUUUACGACGAGUCCAAUGGAAGGCUUCUCGGUCAGAGGAUUGUCCCUCUGGACGGGCUGCAGUCCGGGUAUCGCCACAUCGCACUGCGCACAGAGGCCAAUUUCCCCAUGUCACUUCCUAUGCUCUUUUGCAACAUUGAAAUUAAAAUUUACGUACCCGAUGGGUUCCAAGAGUUCAUGGACGCUUUAACGGCUCCACGAGCGCCGAGGAAGACUGAAAUUCCGACGCAGCCCCGUGUACGGGGUCUAGAUGAAGGCGAUAGCAAACUAUCAGGAGAUUCAUCUCAGUCACGAUCUAAUGAAGCCGCUAAGCCCAGAGAGACAAUGGAUUUCGAGCCAAUAACCGUGGAAGCACUCCGCCAAGAGAAAUCUUACCAAAAAUUAGUCCGUAAGCAGCAGAAAGAGUUGGAGUCUUUCAAGAAACGGCAGUUAAAAGAAAGAAAUACCGUCCAGAAGCAGCAGUGCGCUGCUAUAGAGAAGCUUAUAAAGGGAAAAAACAAAGCGGAAUUAUCGAGGGAUCCGAUCGUUCGUAGAGCGGUCUCGGAGCAGACGACCCAGUGGUCCCAUCUGACGGAGAGACAACGGAGGGAGGAACACGACCUGGUGCUGAGCCAUUUGGAGGAUCGAAGGGCGCAGCUGCGCAAACUCUGUCAGGCUGCCCAAGCGAACCAGUGCAAGAUCCUGACAACGAGGCACGAAAGGGAGAUCAAGGAAUUGAACGCUCGGCAGGCCAGGCUGUCGGUCGAGAGCACUCGCGAGGUGAUGAACGACAAGACUCUCAAGAGUCGCGGUAUCAAGGAGGGGAGGCUCAGAGAAAAACAGCAGAACAACACCAAGAGAUUUAUGGAGGAGCGUAAAUUUGCCCAGAUGGUCCAGAAUCGGGAGAGAGAGAAGCUCAAGAUGAUACACAAUGAGCAGCUUGAGGAAUUGCAGAAGGAAAUGAAUGGGAUUGUGGAGAUGCAUAAGAACCAAGAAAUAGAGUACGAGUUGGGUCCAAAGAAUGAAUUCUACGUGUGAUCAAAAAUGCCGAAAUAAAUUAUAGUUUCUUGUCAAAUAGAUUUAAAAAGUAAAUGAAUAAAACUAGCCUAUAGUUAUUUAUUAAAAACUAAGUAGAGAAUAACUGAAAAAUAAUAAUAAAUCUCAGAUAAUUUAUAACUGUCGUUAAACUAUUGGAAUUGGGAACAAGUCUUUGCGUUAGUACGGUCUCGUGUACCUAGCUCUGUCUUGCAUCAACCGCUCGACGUGGAGAGUAAACAAACUGAAAAAAAUUUAAAUAAAUAAAUUAAAAAUCAAUAGUUAUAAAUAAAAUAUUUUAAAAAUAUAAAUAGCGGUGUGCAAAUAAUGCGACUUUAUUAACUUUUCGUAUCAAAUCGAAUAUUAACUUUCAACUUUGAUCUGCAAUCGAGUUAUUUUAAAGUCGAAACUUUACAACCCUAGCGGACCCGAACUACAGUAAAUUGUCGUAAAAAUACCGCAAUUUACUGCAAACUCGUCUUUAAUUGCGGUAAUUUACGGAAGGUUGUCGCAUGUUACCACAAUUUGCCGUAAAUUUCCGUACGUUGUCGUAAAUUGCCGCAGUUUUGCCGUAAAUGGCGUAUUUACGGUAAUUAACGGUAAUUCUUCCGAAUAUCGUAAAUUGCGGUAAUUUACAGUAAAAUACUUCGAUGUCACGGCAAAUUUUCGAUAAAAUACUGAACUUUAACCGUAAAAUACCGCAGGAUUGUCGCAAAUUUACCGUAAAUUUCCCGUAGAUUGCGGGAUCUUACCGCAAAUUACCGUAAUGGGCCAUAUUUUUGUCGUAAAUUGCCGCAGUUUUGCCGUAAAUGGCGUAUUUGCGGUAAUUCACGGCAAUUAUUCCGAAUUUCGUAAAUUGCGGUAAUUUACAGUAAAAUACCUCAAUGUCACGGCAAAUUUUCGAUAAAGUACUGAGCUUUAACCGUAAAAUACCACAGUAUUGUCGCAAAUUUACCGUAAAUUUCCCGUAGAAUACGGGAUCUUACCGCAAAUUACCGUAAUGGGCCAUAUUUUUGUCGUAAAUUGCCGCAGUUUUGCCGUAAAUGGCGUAUUUGCGGUAAUUCACGGCAAUUAUUCCGAAUUUCGUAAAUUGCGGUAAUUUACAGUAAAAUACCUCAAUGUCACGGCAAAUUUUCGAUAAAAUACUGAACUUUAACCGUAAAAUACCACAGUAUUGUCGCAAAUUUACCGUAAAUUUCCCGUAGAAUGCGGUAUUUUACCGCAAAUUACCGUAAUUGGCCAUAUUUUUGCCGUAAAUUCCCGUAUUUUACAGUAAUUCUUCUAAAAUCCGUAAAUUACGUAUUUUAGGUAAUUUACCGUAAUUCGGAUCUGCUAGGGAAAUAUUUAAAAAUUCUAAAGUAUCGUAAAAAUAAUAAAUUUAUCCUUGAGGUAAAAAAUAAAUAUUCGAAAUUAGGAUAUUGACAAAUAAUUUAAAAUGUCAAAAAUAUAAAUUAUCCGAUCGGAGAUCAAAGUGGAAUAUAAAUAUCACACUCGAAUACUAUCAGCACAUCCACGAUAAAUAAAUAUGAGUAUAAAUCUAAAAUAGUUUAUUUAGCAAGAGUGUCCGGUAGUUUAUUUUAUAAUGGAAAAAAGUCGUCUGUCCACUUUUGUGCCAUUAAGUGUGUAGAUUGUUUAGUUGACUGCGCACAAUUGCCUAUAAAUAUAAAUAUAAAUAUAAGUAUAAAUAUAGUAUUUAAAUAUUACACGCACUCGUAGGCAUUAAUUGUUAUAAUUUAUAUAUAUUUUUCCACCUUCACCGGAUGCUUUUAUUAAACAGACUAUAAAUAUAAAUAUAUGUAUAGAUAACAAUGCGUGCGUAUAUUUAUAUAAAUUAUUCGGCGGUGAAAUAGCAGCUCAUCUCUUCUUAAUAUUUUUUUAUAAGAGUAUCAAAUUUAUUCCACGUUGUAGCGUGAGCAUAUAGAUCGAGCAGUCAAUAAAUAAUAAAUAAAUAAAUAUAUGAUUAAAUGAAUAAACAAAGUGAUCUAGUCAAACAAAGUCUUUAGAGUAAUUUUCAAGGGAACACGCAGACGGUCGCUUCGUGUUUUAUCUGCCGUCAACUUUAAUAAAAGUAAAUUAUUUGUAGACUACUAAAUAUAAAUAUAUAUAUUAUAUAUUAUAUAUUACCUACUGUUAUAGAAUAAAACGAAAAUUUUAUCGAUCAAAAGUAAAUAAAAUAUAAAAUAUUAAGUAUGGACUUGUACGUGGAUAUUUUGCACUGGCAAAUAACAUUGUACAUAUAUUAAUAUGAUAAAUUAAUAAAUAAGUUUAAAUAUAAAUAUUGUCUAGCGAUUCACGGUUCUAUUGUUGGUUUUCGCUAUCGUAAUGUUAUUUACAUAUUAAUAAAUUAUUAUAAUUAAACAUUGAUUAUUUUGAAUCUGUAUAUUGAAUCUAACGAUGAGGAUAAAAUAAAGAGAUCGUA